GAUGGAUGGAUGGAUGGAUGGCAGCAAGGGAGAUGUGCCCACCGCAGGGCAGGGAGGGGGGCACCACCGCCGAAAUAAACCAGUUAGGGGGGCAGAGCACAGCUGAGGAUGCAAAGGUGUGAAUUCCUCCCCCGGAGACCCCUGCCCGCAUUACCCCCGCUGGCCAACACCGGCACGGGGGACCUCGGAUGGCUGCGGGUGCUCGAGGGGACGUGCCCCCAUGACACUGAGCAUCCCCGGGGGGGCUCAGGGCCGAGCCAUCCCCAUCCCCGGGCGCUGGCAGCACGCGUGGGGCCCACCCUGCAUUGGCACGGCUGCCGCGCUGGGGAGACUGCAGCCCUGCUGGCGGCGAGCUUGGAUUAAUAAGCAAAUCCAUGGAUUUGUGGGGUUUUCGGCUGAGCAGCGCCGGUGGGGGGGUGCACGGGGAGGAGGCCGGCGGCCGCAGGGAGCUGCCGGGCGCCGCAGUGUUACCAAUCACGGCACGGGAACGCGGCUAUCGAUUGCGGUGCAAACACCGCCGUGCUGGAGCGAGGCAUCCCCUCCGGAGCUGCCCCCCGUGCCGCUGCUUCCAGCUGCCGUCCCAAACCCUGCCCACCCUCCCCGGGGCGGCUGGGAUGCUCCUGCCGUAUGGCAAAGCCCACCCUGGAGCAUCCCGUGGGGCGGGCGAUGCUGCCUGCUGGGAGUGUUUGAGUCCCUGCUACUCGCCCACACCCCCGGGAUGCUUUCGGGGUCCUGUGGGAGCAGUUCUGCCUCCCCAGGCAGCGACAUCCAUCUUGGCCCACUCCUUCUGGGCUCACGAUGGAAGAAUCAGGGUGGCAGCACCAUGGGGAUCCCCUGAGGUCCUCACUGGGCUCCCAAGGGGAGCUUCCUCCACCCGAUGCCAUUUCCAUCCCUCUUCCCUGGCUUUCCCAGCUGCCUGGUGGGGGAAGGCUUUAUACCCUGUGUAAAGGCUCUCCAGGAUUACAGGUCUAGAGCCAGAGAUGGGGGUGCACGUUGGUGCUCGGUGCCAGCGAUAUCCAGGGCUGGUGGCGAGAGCUUUGGGCACUGAAAGGUCGGGGUGCCCCACUGGCACGGAGUGCCUGUCCCCGCGGGCUGGGGCCGAGAGCAGGGCUUGGGGCUGUCCCAGAGCUGACCGUGGGCACACUCCCUCUCUCUCUCUCUCACUCUUUUUCUUUCUCUUUUUUCUCGGUGCCGGCUGGGCCAUCUCGCUGCCGUGCUGCCAGGAGGUGGAGGAUGACUACAUCAAGAGCUGGGAGGACAACCAGCCCGGGGAUGAAGCCCUGGACACCACCAAGGACCCCUGCCAGAAGGGGAGCCCCGCCGGCGACAGCAAACAAGAACUGUGCACCGGGCAGGAUCUGGCCGACCUGGGUGACCGCCUGCGCGACUGGUUCCAGCUGCUGCGUGAGAACGCCAAGCAGAACGGCUCCGGCGGGCUCCCCGCCAGCCCCGCCACCGCGCUGGAGAGGAGCGUGGCGGCCACCUGCAAGGAGGCGGUGGGGUGGAUGUUCGCCCGGCUGGACACGAGCGGGGAUCUCUUCCUGGAGGCGGCCGAGCUGGCCGCCAUCAACCUGGACAAGUACGAGGUGUGCAUCCGCGCCUUCUUCAACUCCUGCGACACCUCCAAGGACGGCCGCGUCUCCGCUGCCGAGUGGUGCUUCUGCUUCUGGAGGGAAAAGCCGCCCUGUCUCAGGGAGCUGGAGAAGAUCCAGAUCCAAGAAGCAACCAAAAAAAAGCUGGGUGAGUGGGACGCCCCAGGGCCCUUUCCCGCAGCAGUGCCCCGCGCAGCCGGGCCGGGAUGAGGAUGGGGAGCUCCCCUGGGGGGAC